AUGGGAGAUGACAUAGUUUUGAUUGAAGAGACUCGCAGCGGAGUUAAUGCUAAACUGGAGGUUUGGAGACAGAUCCUUGAAUCUAAAGGGUUCAGGUUGAGCAGGACUGAGACAGAGUACUUGGAUUGCGAGUUUAGUGGAUUGGCUCAUGAGGAUGGCGUCUUGUACUUCGAUUAUCCCACAAUGAACCAAGAACCAAACACAAUAGAAGAAACUCCAGAAAAUAAUAAUAUUCCUAUUCUUCGUUACUCAUCAUCUAAUCCAAGCAUGGUACACAGUGAAUCAACUAAGAAUUUUGAUGAGAUGAAUAAUGCAAUAGUGAAGAAGCUUAAUCACAAUGCAAGUGAACGUGAUCGGAGAAAAAAAACUAAUUCCUUGUAUUAUUCUCUUCGUUCUUUGCUUCUACCUUCUGAUCAUACGAAAAAAUUAAGCAUUCCAGCCACAAUAGCAAGAGUGCUAAAAUACAUACCAGAGUUAAAGAAAGAAGUGGAAAGACUAACACAAAAGAAAGAAGAUCUCACAUCAACAACCAUCUCCAAUAAUGAAAAUUCAACUAAUUUUACUAAGAAAAAAAGAAGAGGUGGAAUUGAGAGAUCUUCCUCGAUUAUUUCAGCAAGUGAAAUAGGUGAUAAAGAAGUAGUGGUUCAAGUAUCUACUUUGAAGAUCAAUAAAGGUUCAAUUGCUGAGGCUGUAUCAAAAUUAGAGGAUGAAGGACUUGUUCUACUAAAUGCAUCUUCUUUUGAAACUUUUGAGGAUAGGGUAUUUUAUACCUCGCAUUUUCAGGUUGAAGGAGCUAUGGUUGUUGAGGUUGACACCUUAAGAGAGAAGCUCUCAUCAUAUUUUGAGAAUGAAGACAAGUUAUUACCGUAA